UGCCCCUGGGAUCCUCAGCUGCGCCAACUGCAAACGUGGGAUUUGCAGGCCUAGGACUCAGAUUGUGUUUGCUUUCACUUCCUAUGCUUUAAAUCCGAAGCCGGCGGGGCUGAGCGCAGCCCCUGCUACCUCCAGCCUCACCCCGACACCGCUCAGCCGCCGCACUGAAGGCCGUGAGAGGGGCAGUGCUGAAAUCCUGCCGUGGCGGUGGGCCUCUUUGGAUGACAAAAUGAAACCUGCAAAACGGUACUAUUGGAUUCUGGGUUGUUUUUCCAUGGCACUAUGCUGUUGGAGUACUUCAGAUACUUUUUCUCAAAGUGGCAUCCAUCCUCAUGCCUGGAAAAAGCUGUAUUUUGCUCAUCAUUGGCCAGUGACUGUAUGUAAGAUGGAUGCUAAUGAUUGUCAUGACCCACCAAAGUACUGGACAAUCCAUGGAUUGUGGCCUGACAGAGCUGAAGACUGUAAUAGGACAUGGCAUUUCAAUGUCACCGAGAUCAAGGAUCUUAUGUCAGACAUGAGACACUACUGGCCUGAUGUGCUUCAUUCAUCUCUGAAUCGCACCCAGUUCUGGAAACAUGAGUGGGAAAAACAUGGCACUUGUGCAGCCACACUUGAGGCCCUUAAUUCUCAGAAAAAAUACUUCGGUAAAGCCAUAGAACUCUACCAGCAUGUUGAUCUCAAUGGUUGUCUCAUGAAAGCUGGGAUAAAGCCAAGCAGUUCAUAUUACAAGAUGACUGCUAUAAAGGAAGCUCUUACAAGAUUUUAUGGUGUAACACCAAAGAUCCAAUGCCUUCCUCCAGAAGAGCGUGAAAAAGCACAAACAAUUGGCCAGAUUGAAUUCUGCUUCACCAAAGAGCUGCAGCUGGUAAACUGCACGGCGCUGGAGGGUGGAUCCAACCCAGUGAAGGCUCACUUGAAGCUUGGAACUUCGGAGCUGUCGGUGUGCAAUGAUACUCUGCCAACCUACUAUCCUUCAGAGGUCCAAGAUCGCAAAUGAAGCUGUAAGAGUUUGAGAAUCUUUUUAAACAGCAACAAAACCCGAACUCAUGUAAUAUUACAAGCCCUUGUCCAUAUCACGGGCCUACAGUGAAGAUUUCUGCUGGAAAACACAGUUCUUUUGCUAUUAAAGGACAGUGGUCCACAUGAUGGGAUCAGCAUCUGAUCUAGAGCGUGGUCUGGAUUUUUUGGCUUGCUUAUGGUUUGAAUUAGUGUUCAAAAGAGAACUGUGUCUUCUCAUUUUGACAUGCAACUGUCUGCCAUUUUAGCUGCUUUUUGGUUUUUACCAGUGAGUCAGGGAACUUAAUUCUUUGUAUUGAAAGGAUUAUUGUCUCUCUGAGAUGAGGUGAAAAAUUCUUGAGAGGGAGGUACUGUAAACAGAAGGAACUCUUGAGACCUGUCUGGAGGUCCAUUUCCAGAUGUAAUAGCCACUGCUUUGCAUAAUUGUUCUCCAGAAGUGCAGAACAGAGACCAUAUCCUCUGAGGUGUUGAACCUUUCCUCACUGAGGGAUCACAGUGGACUGAAGACAACUUUUACAUAACUUCUUACUGAAGUAAUAACAUUCUCCAAGCUUGGGCUUUUCUGCCUUAAAGAUCUUGGGGAAACUGUAUUUGUAGCCUUACCUGUCCUUUGAUUACUUUCAUGGCAGUAGCUCUAUACAGUCUUGAGGAACAACCAAUGCUAGAACUUACAUGUUAGUACGGGAGAAUGGUAGGCUCUAGAAAUAUGUUGUUACUAAUUUUUAGUUGUGUUUGAUCAUUCAGCAUUACCACUGGUGAGUGCCUGCACUUGUAUAUAAAAACAAGAUUGUAACAUAAACACAUAAUUCCAAGAAACAUCUUUGUAUAGAUGAAACAAUAAAUACUACAGGAUUUUCAGUUAAAAGUACAGAUGUUGGCAAUAGUGCAUCUCUACCCCAUAAUGAUGAGUAACAUGCCACAAAGGUGGAUGUUUCUAAAGGGAACCAAAUUUUGAUAUCUUCCCUAAAGGGCUAUAUUGAUCUGUGUGUCUCAAAUUGUGUUUCAAAGAAAGACAAUUAUGGCUCAAGGAACUAUCUGUUUGCUAGAAUAAUGUUCCUGUGAAAUCAUGAAAUGCUGUAUUAGAAACAAAUUUCUUAUUUUGAGGUUGUUAGAAACCAUUUACUCUCAUUUUUGACUGUCCCUGUUUCUCUACCUUUCAUUUAAUGCUCUGUUACCUUUCCAUUCCAAAACGCUGUUAGUUUCUUUGGCCUCUCUUGCAACUCAGGUAUUUAUUUUAACAGUGAAGAAAUUAUUAUGGUAUGUCAAACGAGUGAUUGUUGGGUUUGCAUAUUUUUUCUGCAGUUGCUUUAAUCCCUCAGUCCUGUUUCUUAGUCAAAGGUAAAGCUGACUCUUGCCAAAAGAAGUCAGCAGAUACAGGCAUGAGACACAAAUGACCAAACUCUGCAGCAGAGUAGAUAGUAUGGAUUCCAUGCAUUUUUCAGCCUCAUUUUCAAAUGCAAGAAAUAUGAGGGAGCUGGUAAGCCUUAAAAUUUUGAGGAGAAGAUAACAUUAUCCAGAAUGAGUGAGGGAGACAACAUGCCAGUAACUGAGUAAAAAUUGACUGAGAAAAAGUAAAAGCUUGGCUAAAACAACCUCACAUACUCUGAAGUCCCAUUUAAAGGGACAUACCUGAACUACAGUGUUUGCCUUAAAAAAACCCACACCCACGUACUUUUUAUUACAGAUUAAAUAAUUACAUUUUCUGUAGUAAACUUCUGAGUAGUAGCAGUAAAACACUAUGUAUGUGAUUCCUCAUGCUUGGGUUUUGGCAAACCCUUCUGCUGAACUUUUGGGAUGAUAGAAAUGUCUUUUUAAAGCUACUUACUGAUUUUUAUACAGAGAUGUGCCAAGACAUUAUGAAGUUUUAAGUGAUAUAUUUAAGGGAUGGGAUGCUCUAAGGUCUGUAUCUGGGCCACCAGAAGAGCAGAUGAAUGAAUGCCAUUACCACUUCAGACCAAACACCCUUCAUGUUCUUUCUAGCAAUGGCUCACAGCCAGUUGUGAGCCUUGGCAGUUGCUUUCUAUCAGUGUGUGUAAUUUCAAGAGUUGGAUUAAGGCAGUUUAAAUAAAAGAAAUAAACAAAAGUAUAUUGAAAGCCAUAAAAUUCACUUCAGUUCUGAAAAGCAUAAUUCACUUCCUUGUGCAAUAUAAAUUCUGUCAACCUUGAAAAUUCAGCACAGCCUGGGGAUGAUGGGUCCUGUAUUCUUUUCUGCACCAUUGAAUAAAUUAACUAAAUUCCAGCAGA